AUGGUUAGAGGUCAUAAAACAGCCUCUUUUAGAGAAGCCUGUUUGGAGUUAGGCUUGCUUGAAUCCGAUUCUUAUAUAGAACAAGCAUUAGAGGAAGCGGCUCAUUUCCAGACGCCUUAUAUGUUAAGGUCUUUAUUCGCAAUGCUUCUUUUCUAUUGCUACCCGAAAAAUCCUAAACAUCUUUGGCAAUCAUUCGAAGAACAUCUCUCUUCUGAUUAUAAACGAAGUUCAGCUCAUCGGCAUUGCACUCCGAUAGAGAUUAAAAGCAAAGUUCUUCAGGAUAUUAAUGUAAUAUUGGAGCACAUGGGGAAAAACCUCGAUGAUUAUCAUUUCCUUGAAGAUUCCUUUACGUCUUCCCAUGCUGAGCGUCUGACCAAAGAAAUUCAAAGUGAAACAACCAUACCUAUUGAUCCGGAAAAUCUGCUUCUUGCUGAAAAAUUGAAUUCUAGCCAGAGGCAUGCAUUUGAUUUAAUUCUGGAUUCAGUAUCCUGCUCAAAGGGUCAAGCUUUCUUUGUAGAUGGUCCAGGUGGAACCGGAAAAACUUUCUUAUAUCGCGCGCUUCUUGUUUCUCUUCGCUCACAAGGAUAUGUUGCAAUAGCAGUUGCCACAUCUGGUGUUGCAGCAUCGCUCCUCCCUGGUGGUAGAACUGCACAUUCAAGGUUUAAGAUCCCUUUGGACUUUUCAAAACAAAAGGCUUGUCAAUUAAGUAAACAAAGUAGUGUUGCAAGACUGAUUGUUGAUGCUAAAUUAAUCUUGUGGGAUGAAGCUUCAAUGGCAAAAAAAGAAGCAAUAGAAGCGUUUCAUUGUCUUCUUACAGAUAUAAUGGAAUCUGAUCUUCCCUUUGGAGGAAAAACAAUUAUUUUUGGCGGUGAUUUUCGGCAAACCCUGCCUGUUAUUGAACAUCUACCUCCACCAGAUUUGGUCCAAUCAACUCUUUUAUGCUCGCAUUUAUGGUCUCAUAUGUGUAAACUACAACUAGGAACAAAUAUGAGAGCUGCUUUAGAUCCAGCAUUUUCAGCUUUUUUGCUUAGAGUUGGAGAAGGUGUUGAACCUGUUGAUGAACAUGGUCAAACAUCUCUGUCACCUCAUAUGGUUAUUCCUUAUCAAAACAAACAAGAAUCGCUUGACAGAUGUGUCCUUUGUCCCAAAAAUUCUUCAGUGGAUGAAAUUAAUGAGAUGAUGAUUGCAAAAUUCCCUGGAUGUCUUCACAGAUAUAUAAGCUGUGAUAGAACUGUUGAUAGGAGAUAUCAAGCGGAUUAUCAGGACUUUCUAAAUUCUCUGAACCCAAAAGGUCAGCCUCCUCAUGAACUCUUGCUCAAAGAAAACUGUCCUACAAUACUCCUCAGAAAUGUGAAUCCAACGGAUGGUCUUUGCAAUGGCACCAGAUUAAUUUGUAGACAAUUGGCUGACCACACAAUUUCUGCCGAAAUUGUCUCUCGUCCUCAUAGAGGUAAAAAGGGUCAAACUCUUGACUAUGUCGGAAUUUACCUCCGUGAACCGGUCUUUUCUCACGGCCAGCUUUAUGUUGCUCUCUCUAAAGCUAGAAAUUCUUCUGCAGUUAAAGUUUUGAUUGCUCCGGGUACUUCUGAUGACGUUAAAACUUAUUGUAAAACAAGGACUGUUGUCUUUCAAGAUAUCUUUAAAUUCGCUAACAUAUGA